AUGCCCUCUUUUAUCGAGUUAGAAAGGCUUUUGAACUUUGCACUCUCCUCGCCAGAGGUGGGGACCGUAAAUUUUAACAUUUUGCGCAUGUUUCUUCAAGAAAUACUACGGCAUCUUGGCAUUGAAAACAAAGCUAUCGACAUUGACACACUAGGAGAGGAACACAAAAGUGCUAUUGACUUUAUCAAGGAUGGAGUCCUUUCUUUCGAAGUCUUUCAAGUCGAAGAAACUCCUGAAAUGAUGGUGGGACCUGAAGCCGAAUCCACGACUCUAUUUCAAAGCAAUACAGAGCAAGAACAAGAGUCUCCUCCUCCAUCAGCCUUAGAUGCGGAGCAGAGAGAAGGAGAACAGUUGACGAGUGUUGAAACUGAUCCCACAGAAGAAAGUAAAUUGGAUGCAUCGAUUACAGAAGGAGAAUUGAGCAUUGCUCCUCCUAAAUCAGAAGAUCUUCCAGUUAAAGAUCAACCGCCCUUAACCCGAAGCUCCGUUUUCUCACCUGGAGGAUCAGAUUCGCUGAACAGCCUAAAAAGGAGGGUUUUAGAACUCCAAGGACGUGUAGAAUUUCUUGAGUCACACCCCCCUCCCGCUGUUCCUGAUCCCGUUAUAUCGGUGGCUUCCUUAGUGAGGAAGGAGAGCAAGACACCCGCUCAUGACUUUGUGGAGUUGGUCAACAUAAAGCGGACGCUUGAGGCGUCAGAAAGUUCUCUGGAGGGCUUAACAGAAAUGGUAGAUGCCUUAGCGUCUGAUCUGAAUGAACUGAAAGAAUCUUUGCCCAAAGUCCAUAAGACCUCAAGUGAUCUGCGCUCUGAUAUGGAGGAACUGCGGAAAUCUCUGAAUGCUAUGAAAGAGGAUAAAGCAGGGAAAGAGGAAGGGGAAAAGGAAGGGGAAAAGGAAGGGGACACGAUAUCAAAUAUGGAAAAUACUGAGCAAAGAAUGGAUGGAUUUGAAAGUGUGCUGGCAAACUUGAAAGAAGCCGUUGCUGAGAUUACUGAAAAUGUGAAAGAUCACUCACAAGUAACAGAUCCCAAGGGGCAGGAAAUGCUUGACGCUCAUGAAAAACAGCUUCAGGGAUUGAAGGUUCACAUUGAAAAAGUAGAAGGUAAACUGGAUGGAGUGAGUUCUAAGUUAAGUGGAGCUGAAGAGGCUGCAGCAGACACCCUGACUAAACUUGAAGUGUGUGGUGAGGAAAUCAACGAAAUCAAAACCAAACAAGAAACUUUGGGUGAAGAGUUAAAAAAUCACAAAUCACAAAUUAAAGACAACGAAAUGCAAAUUCACCAGUUAAGAAACUCGAUGACGCUGAUGAAACGUGAAAACACUGAGCGGGCGAAUGUAGAGGCUGCGGACAAAGAGAAAGGUGAGGAAAAAUCUCCUGCACAGCCUGAGCGUAUAGAGGGCUCCUUUUGAGUUGAUUUAUUACAAUAACAAACCAUAUCAAGCUUGUUAAGUCCAAAUGAAAACUUAUCGACAUCAAAGGGAAUCAUGUAACCCCGCACCCUUCAUCCCUUAUUUAAACUCUGGAUAAUGAUUGUGUUGAGCCAAUCCAUAACAGUCAUUGCAUUGCAUAAGAUACAUCUAUUAUAUUAGGUUAUAAAAAUGCCUGCCUUUCAGGAAGUUUAAAACAGUUAGGGUGCAAAAUAUUCAGUUAGCCGUGCACACCCUUGAAAAACAUCAUUUGCUGACAGUUUCGUUCUACUCUAAGAAGUUAAGUCUGUUUUCACACUUAUUGCAGCACGAAAGUCAACGACAGUGUCCUCUACGUUAUUGCCAUGAUGUUAAAGAAAUAAAAAGCGCGCCGAGUGCAUUAUUAAGUUCUAUAAGCACUCGGGAAUUUUUAAGAACACUCGAGAAGUGCGGAGAAGCACGAGCCGAAGCCGAGUGCUUCUCGCACUUCUCGAGUGUUCUAAAAAAUUCCCACGUGCUUAUAUAACGCAACAAUACUCGAGGAACAAGUUUUGUUAUUUCUUUUAUUACACCCAUUCUGAAAUCACUGGUGGUACCUGUAAUCUGAUUGGCUCUAAUUGGUGCGAUUUAUUCAUGAAUCACACCAUUUUUGCUUUAAAUCACAUCUUUUUCCCAGUAAGUGAGCAGGCCACACUUAAAACAAAACAACCAAUCAGAUUUCAAGGCUUGUUUAAAGUAACCAGUCAGAUUGCAGGAAAAUGAUAGACAAAGAGUAUCGUAUGGCAAAUUUUGCUACUUUUGUUUCCAAAACUCUUACUUUCCCCCUCAAAAAAUGGAUAAAUUUAAUUUCAAACCAGCUCAGUAUUGCAUCAAUAAAAUAUUUAAAGUGACCAAGUCCUGUAUUUGGGCGAUUUCAAAAUGGAUGUAAUAAAGUGGUAAUUGAACCUCGUGUCGUGCAAUUUUUGUCGGAAAUCAUACUUGUGAUUUGAAAUCGAACUUGCGCUGCACGCUCGACCGAUUUUGAAAUCACGCGUAUUAUUUCAGCCCAAAUUGCACUCCACUCAGUUCAAUUACCAUUAUCUAUAAAAUGUAUCGUGAAUUGCGCGCGCUCGUACCGAUGACGUAGGCUGCGUGCAUUAUAUCUCAACAGUGCACUCGUGUGACGUAAGGCGCGUGCUUUAUGGAAAUAUAAUGAACUCGUUCUAACCUAUCACGUCGCGUGCAUUUCUCUGAAUAUUUUAUAAUUAACAUUAAACACAUCCUCCACGUACCGGAUUAUGAUGUACACUUCAUAAUUAUUCGCUGAAGGCGAGUUGAAAAUUGAGUUCGUCGAGAAUAAUUACAAUAGUGUGCUAAAUCUCAUAAAAACUUCCGAUUUUUUAUUUUGUUUAAGAGGAAGAAAGAGAACAUAAGUCGGAAACUUCCACGUACAGGCGCCGCGCGUACAGCGUCGAUCGACAAGAAUUGAGUUUGAUCCGUACCAUGAUAUCUGAGUUACAAGAGGAAAAAGAAAAACUAAAACAGACCGACAUCCGAUUGAAUGACGAGCUUUACAGGAAACAGAGGCAUUUGGACGACCUUUAUAACAUUGUUGACGAACUGAGAGACGUGAAAGUCGACAAAGAACUGCUUAAUAUGGGAUUUGAGUUGAAAGCUGAUAAAAAAGACGUGGAAACCAAGAUUGGAAGGGAAGACUUUGAGCACUGCAUAGGUCUUGUUGAUCAGUCCUUAAGAGAUUUGCUGCAAAGAUUAGAAGGCCACGUAAGUUUGAUGUAAUAUUUCGUUUGGUCAGACCUAUUGUAAGCAAACAGGCAUCCCGGUAGGGGAGGCUUGUCGAUAUGCAAUCUUGUGGAAAAAGCCGGGAUCAGAAUGGUGUUGAAGUUUGGUGUUCCUGUUUGUCGGGGUUUAUGCUAUCAAUACCGCGCUUGUCUUGUAUUACCAUAUAUUUUUUUCUGAUUUAACAUGUUUAGUCAGUCAGCCAGUCACUCGGUAAAUUGGUCCUGCUAUCAGUUAAUGGGUUGAUACGUCCGCCAGCAAAUCGCUUGGUCUGUCAGUCACCCAGUUGGUCAGCUAGUCAGUCAGUCAGCCAAUUGGUCAGUCGGUCAGCUGGUCAGUCAGUUAGUUAGUUAGUCAAUCAGUCAGUUGGUCAGAUGGUCAGUUGCACAGAUGGUCAGUUGGUCAGAUGGUUAGUUAGUUAAUCAGUCACUCAGUCGGUUAGUUGGUCAGCUGAUUAGUCAAUCAGUUGGUCUGUCAGUCCGUCAGUCGAUUAGUCAGUCGGUCAUUUGGUCAGCUGGUCAGUCAGUUGGUCAGUUGGUCAGUUGGUCAGUUGGUCAGUUGGUCAGUCAGUUGGUCAGCUGGUCAGUCAGUUGGUCAGCUGGUCAGUCAGUCAGUCAGUUGGUCAGCUGGUCAGUUAGUCAGUCAGUUCGUCAGUUGGUCAGCUGGUUAGUCGGUCGGUCAAUCAGUCGGUUGAUUAGUUAAUCAGUUGGUCGAUUAGUUAAUCAAUUGGUCGGUCAGUCAGUGAGUCUUCCAAUCAGUUCAUAAGUCAGUCAUCCAGACAUUGGAUGUGUUGAGCGUGGGUAAAUCAUCCAGUCAUUCAUCCAGUCAUUAAGCGGGCCAGUCAUUUAGUCAGUUGGCCAGUCAGUCAGUCGGUAAGUCUGACUGACUGUCUGUCAUGGAUCGGUCGGUCGGUCGGUCGGUCAGUCGGAGAGUCAGUCCAUGAGUCAUUUGGCUAUGCACUUGAUUCGAGUUAAGAGGAAUAGAAAGUUGAGCGUUAUCUUUCCCAUCUAGGAAAACGCGCUGAAAUUAGCCAUAGAAGCAAUCCACUCAGACGUGGGCAAGAAACUCGACAAAGAAGAAGUUGAACCCUUGAAGCGUUACCUAGAGUCGCGAAUGGAAUUUAUGAAACCAAAACCGGUGGAAAGACCGCCCCCAGAAGAAUUGGCAGCAGGGAUCCGAAAGCGGUUCCUAGUGAAUCACAACUGUAUAUCAUGUGACCGCCCUGUUAAAUACGCGAGAGAGGAGCCUUUUCCCCCUCUACCAACCAUACGCUGCAUGCCGGGAUCGAAGUCGACCCGUCCCUACACCACUUUCGAGCUGGAACAGAUCCGACAGCACAUGUUCCCAGGAGGACUGUCGAUGACGAAGGAAAGGUUUGAACUGCUGGAGAAGCAACGCAGCAAGUUACAGAAAGAAAUGUUACGACUUAGGUUGGUGCUCCCUUUCCAUCUAACCCUACCGUGAAAUUUUAAGCAUGAGAUUACCCAAAAAGUUUAUUACAAAUACUUUUACCACCUUAUGAUAUCUAUCUAAUGAAUGGAUUACAGACAUACUUACAGAAAGGAACUAAAAUACUAUUUUCCUGCGCAACUGUUGAUCGGUCUGGUCACGCAACACGUUAUCUGCACCUUACAUGGUCACGCAACACGUCAUCUGAAAACGCCUUGCGUUACGUGGCCAAACAACGGCUGCACAGGAGGCGCAACAAUGCUGAUUUAAUAAACCUCUUAGCAGUAAGUCCUGAUGGCCACCUAAACAACUGUACUGAGGCAAUAUUUCUCUGGGAUUUCGUUUCAGAGUGAGGUGGUUCACGCAAAAAAACUUACUAUUUGGAAAAAGACUUAUACAGGUUUCAAACGCCAGACACUGAGACAGACUGGUCACGUCCGACAAUUUUGAUCAGUGGACUGAUUUACCUCACAUCCUUUAUUUUCAUUAGGAGGGUUUUUGUUGUGGACAAAUAUGACGACAGGGUAAAACAUAUUUCAAAACUGACUGAAGAAAACCGUAACAGUCAUAGUUCUUCUACUUUGUUUUAAUCAUUAGUGGUGUUCACGAUCUACAAGAAUUGGCCGAGGCCACUGCAAGGGCCUGUGGAGGAGUCCAUACCCUCACCUAUCCCCAGAGUCAGUCGGUUGUUCGUGGACUUCAGCUUAACAAGGACGACUUGGACUUCCUCGUCCCGCAGAAAGAUUUUCAACCGGUGGAUAUCUUAGGACAGGACGGACACAUCUAUAAGGGAUUACUGGAUUCCCUCCCUACGACACUUCCCCACAUCCCACAAAAGAGCAAACCCUCCGGACUAAAAAAUGCCCCAAGGAAUGUGAGGAGGAGCACGACCCCGACUUCCCCUAGUCUUCAAAAACCUGUAAAGGACCAAAUUGAAAGUUGCUAA